GGGAAAACGUCGGGUUUUCAUAUUUAUAAAAGAAUCUUAGUUAAUUUUUGCUCAAUGUUUCAUCGGAGAAGAUAUGCGACACACGUUGGAGACUUUUGGAUAAAUUACCCAACUGAACUUAAGAUUUUUGAGUUAAUAUAAAGAGACUUUUCUUAGUUUUUUUUUUUACUUCUCGAGUUGAUUUGUAUCAAAUCAGGAAAUAAACUUUGCUAAUAGUCACGCGAUAAAGGGAAAACAGCAAUAUGAUUAACGUUUUGUUUUCACUACCACUUGCUACAGUGGACUUUGAUCAAAGUGUACUGUUCAGUACAAUCAUUUUAGCAGUGCUUUUGACUGGUAAAAAUAGAUCAGAGAAAUUUUUCUUCAAGUUAUGGGAAAUGAUACGAUGGAAGACAUGGUCCAAAAUGGCCACAGUUAAUCACCACAAAAUCAUGUUCGAUGGUCUUCGUUGGGGAGUUUCUUUAAGACAUAUGAAGAAACUUCUUUCGAUUCACAAAAUAGUGCGUCGCAAAAGAUCCAGUGUUCACAAGAAACGAGGACAUAAAAAUGUGAAUCGCACGAUUGAAAUGUACCGUAUCAUGCCACUCAAGGCGAUGUCCCGAGCCUGGGGGAAAUUUAAUCAGCUCGAGUUACCGGUUGUUCUCCGAAGACCGCUAUUAGGACUGUACGUCUGGAUGUUCGACUGCAAGCUGGACGAAGCCAUGGAAACUGAACUGAGAAACUACCGAAAUCUUGGCGAAUUCUUCAGACGAAUUCUAAAACCAGACAUGCGACUGAUCUCAAUAAAAGAGGAACUGACAAAUCCCGCAGAUGGAAAGAUCCUUCACUUUGGAGAAGUUAAAGAUGGAAUUCUAGAGCAAGUUAAAGGAGUGAAUUACUCCGUCAAACAUUUCUUGGGACCACAGACCUGGUUGACCGACUCCGACGCCCCCGUGACAUCGGCGAACGUGACGGACGAAGAGUACUUCCGGGGAUUGAAAUUGAGGCCCGGAAAUAAGCUUUACCAUUGUGUUGUGUACCUGGCUCCUGGCGACUACCAUAGAUUUCAUUCCGCAGCCAAGUGGGACAUUUCCUACAGACGACAUUUUCCUGGAGAACUACUGAGUGUAAACCCAGGUAUCGCUCGCUGGAUCCACGGUCUCUUUGUCCUCAAUGAACGAGUUGUAUACAUGGGAGAAUGGGAACAUGGAUUCUUCUCUUAUACUGCAGUAGGUGCCACGAAUGUCGGAUCCAUCAAGAUUUACUGUGAUCAGGAAAUGAUGACGAACGUAAAACAUCAUCCGGACACACGCCGUUCUCCUGGUGUAUACUUCGACAAAGACUUCCGGCAAAAUCCGAUCCACGUGGAAAAGGGUGAAAUGUUCGGCGAGUUUAAUCUGGGAUCCACCAUUGUGCUGGUAUUUGAAGCACCGGAAAACUUUGUCUUCAACGUCGUCAACGAUCAGAAAGUGCGCAUGGGCGAACCGAUGGGCGAGUGUAUACCAUAAACUUCAUUGUGCCUUACCGGAAGUAGAGAACGCAAUAUCUGUGAUACUUUGCCAUGAGCUGCUCAGUUUUGUUUCAUAUUAGAAAUGUUUCAUUAAAAAUGAAGUAAUUAGUUUGUUUUCUGUGAAAAUGAUAAAUAUUUGAUCGAUGCGAUUUGAUAACAAUAAAUUGCGCAGAUCAUGAUA